GCGAGGUCGUGAAUUCGAAUCGGGACGAGGAGCCGCCAUGAACGAGCGCGUUUGUUGGCGUUUUACGUCCUGGUGAAGGUUCCUCGGGGGAGGGGGGGGGGGGGAGGAUUUCGCCCUGUCGUGUCGCCCCGGUAAGGCUUCUUAUUCCCGGACCAUGGAGACCUCCUAAGCCAUCGGUCAUGCUCUCCGGCUCCUCCAAGGAAUGCGAUGCGGUCCACGCUGGUGUACCUGUAUCUCCCAGGCAUCUGCGCUCCAGAUGUUCCAGAGCACUUGGUGCUUCCACUCUUCAUCCUGAGCUCCUGAGGUCUCCCGAUGCCGCGACUGAAUGAGGAGACGCCCGAAUUCACCCACUGCUGACCUACCGACUCAACGCAUGGCCGAUACGAGGUUGGGAACGCGGCUGGGAGCGUGAAUCCUUCUAGUCCCCGUUAUUACAUCACAUGGAGGUCAAAGGCCAUCUGAUCACCUCUAUGGGUUUGGUGGGAGCUCCAGAUGUUCAAGGCUGCCAGGACGGCAAACUGCAGGCCGAGCGGGUCACGGCUCUCCAAGACAGGAAGCAGGCCCUGGAGGCUCUGCUCAACACCCGCGUGGAGGAGCUCAAACUGGUCUGCUUGCAGGAAGCAGAGCUGACUGGGAAGUUGCCACGAGCCUUCCCUCUGGAGACGGGGGAGAAACCCCCCGCCGUGCAGCGCAGGGCUGGCCUGCCGCCCAACGGCAAGGCGGAAGAUGAAGCCGCCCAGAGAAGGCAGAUGAAAACCAUCUUUACCGGUGCCCUGUACCGACACGCGGACUCGGACCGGAACCUUCCAAGUAGCAAAAGGACGGUUCAUCGGGGAUGUCACACAGAAGAUAGCGUCAUGUCAGAGAGCACAAGUUCGAUGUCGGAUUCCACAUCUCACGACAACGAGUCCUCCCCCAGUGUGGCUGCCGACCAGCGCUCGCUGUCCCAGCCUCGGCUCACCGUGGGGAGUCCCGACCACAGGAUCAGCAGGAAACUCUCCCCUGUGGAGAUUUACUACGAAAUGCGGACACGCCGCAACUCCGUCACGAGCUCCGUCAGCCCGACUCACUCGUUACCAAGAAGUACAACGAAUGCUGAAGGCCGAAGCGUUCCGGCCACGCCUCUCUUGGCCCGAACGGCACCCAUCAGCGUUCAUGUCAGGUCGGAUGGUCCUGGGGGCAACGGCCUGAAGCAGUGGUCUGGCAGUCUCGAUGUGCCAUACAUGAUACCGCUGGCCCAGGAGGGCCCCUCUGACCGCCGAGGCUGCCCGUACAACUCCAGGGCCAGGCGCAGCAACAGCUCGGAGGCCCUGCUAGACCGGUCCAGUCUCCCCGACGAUCCAGCACCCAGAAAUGGAAUGCACCCCAAAGGAGGUCCCUACAAGAGCUCCGAGACCCUCACGGACGGAAAGCUGCGCCACAUUCACCUCGGCAGCCCCGAGAAACACGCCGACGGCUCCGGAGAAAAGGCCAAGAUGCGUCUCUCCAUGGGGGGCAGAGGGGCCGGGGCGGGGUACAACGAGCUGCUGAUGGACUACAUCUGGGGAAAGCAGCAGCGGAUGCAAGUCCAGCAUCACCUCUUCCAGUCCACAGGCAGGAUCUGGCAGGACUUGCCCCCUCACUGCCCCUCUAGCGGAGGGGUGGCCCCCCAUGCCAACGGUUUCUCCCAUUCCCAGGUGCACCUCCCGAGCGCCGCACCUCCUUACAGCCCCAUGGUGGGCCGGGGGUCUCAAGCCGACAUGCGCCGGGUCAAAGUGACCAGAACCAAAUCCUGCGGGCCCUUCAUUCCUUUGCAGCAGCAACCCCAGGACGCCAUCCUGCUGUCUGCGUACGAGUCGCAGCUUCCCGCAUCUGGUACGACCACUUCCUCCAUCCCCAACCUGCUUCCCUACCAGACUGAACUCUCCGGACCCGCUUUCGGCCGAAGACCCCCGCAGUUCUCCCUCCCUACCCCGGAAGACUCAACACGGAGCCUCCACAAAGCCCUGGCUCUGGAGGGGCUAAGGGACUGGUACCUGAGGAACGCGCUUGGGUACCCCCCCAAGGGCCACGAAGCAGGGAUCUCUCGUCUGUCUCACCCUUACCCUCUGGUGGGACAGGCCCAGACUGUCCAGGGUGAAGCCGCCAACCCCCACCGGCCUCAGAUGCCGCCCUCAGCCAGCUUCCACGGGCACCCGCUGCACGGCAGGUCGAUGGAGCUGUCCCUCUAUCAGGAGACUCCUCAAACACAAGAAGGGACCUCAAAGGAAGCCAACACAGAUCCAGGCACCCUUGUCUGACGCAGCAGAACACACACACACACACACGCACACACACGCUCCAGGUAGCACCAUGCAUCCACCCUAAGACAAACGAGUGGACCCAACGAGACCUCAACAGUGAAAGAAAACAUUGCAACCUCAGCAGAAAAGGACUGAAGACCAAGUGUAGAUGUCCAGUGUCAAAACGCCUCGUCAAGUCUCUCAACGUAACUCCCUAAGGCGGCAGGGGGGGUGCAUUUACUAACAAUAUGGCCACGCUCUACUACUUAUAUAUUUUUGCUCCAACAUGAGCCGUAAGAUAACACACAAAAAAAAUAUUCUCCCGAGAUAUACUUUUUUACACAUUGAAAUGACUAUUUUGUAUCUUGUGGGAUAUGAACAGUUAUAUUAAGAAGAAGGAAUAAUAUAUUACUCAUGAAUCACGUGUGUUGACCAAGUAUUACGACAUGCCGGUGUGUUUGUGGAUCACGUUUGUUGACGUUGAUGUUACGCGCUAAUGAUGGAUCUGCGCGAUUGAUCGAUAGCGCUGUGCCCAAGAUGGAUCCAUCAUUAGCGCACAAAUCGAUCGAUUUCUGCGCUCACGAUGGAUGGUAUAUUAAUGCGCCCGGGACGGAUGUGUGUAGUUUGUUUAGAUGCCAACAGAUGGCAGCGCUGAGCGUUGUUACUUACAAGAAUCAACAAGAAGUCCAUGCAUGCAAAUUUCAAAUCUUUGAUUAAUUGUCGGGCGGCACAGCAGUCGAGUGGUUAGCGCGCAGACCUCACAGCUAGGAGACCAGGGUUCAAUUCCACCCUCGGCCAUCUCUGUGUGGAGUUUGCAUGUUCUCCCCGUGCAUGCGUGGGUUUUCUCCGGGUACUCCGGUUUCCUCCCACAUUCCAAAAACAUGCUAGGUUAAUUGGCGACUCCAAAUUGUCCAUAGGUAUGAAUGUGAGUGUGAAUGGUUGUUUGUCUAUAUGUGCCCUGUGAUUGGCUGGCGACCAGUCCAGGGUGUACCCCGCCUCUCGCCCGAAGACAGCUGGGAUAGGCUCCAGCACCCCCCGCGACCCUCGUGAGGAAAAGCGGUAGAAAAUGAAUGAAUGAAUGAUUAAUUGUCAAGCAGUUCACUUUGUUACCGUUCUCGGCGGGGGGAGUGUGAACCCUAGCCCUACCUCUAGCCCUAACCCUAACUGUGUCAUUGUAUGCAAUUAGCAGAUCAACGAUUGUCAUUAUAUCGUCAGCGUGGUGUCAAAGCAUCGGUCUCCAACGGAAGGCAGUUAUAUCCAUCGUGAGCGCGGAAAUCGAUCGAUUUGUGCGCUCACGAUGGAUCCAUCUCGGGCGCAGCGCUACUGCUCGAUCGCACAGAUCCAUCGUUAGCGUGUAAUAUUUCUACAUGAAACGUAUGCUUUAUGAACGCUAGCUAACCGGCGUAGCAGACAGGAGUGCCUCCAUAUUUUUAAUAGAGCAGAACUAAACGUUGGUUAGAUGACUUUAAGGUCACGUAAAAACGAUGUGUACUCUCGUAUUCAGCCUCCGUACGUAAGCGUAGUCGUACUGUAUCACCUCGAGCGGUUGAUGAUGUCACUAAAAUCGGGAGCGUUUGGAAUGAUGUCAUUCCAUAUAUUUGUAGCUUUUUCUGCCUCAUUUCUAGACGGAAGACUUUGAGGAAGAAGCCGAGGUGCUGUUAUGAGAUCUACGGGACGGCAGUAGCACACGACCGUAUGACGAGAAACCGGCUCGUUUUUCCGAAGAAUGCGGUGGCGGCGUGGACGUGACUGUCGUACGGAGAGCACUUUAUGAACAUCUUAAGCCUUAAAUUCCCGAUGAUUUGUCACCCGGAGAGGAGACGGGCGCGAGUGCUGCCAAGGAUCGCUAAAAGGGACAAACGAAGCCUUGUCGUCUUCUGCGGGACGCCUGUCUGAGUCUGUACAUAGUGUGGAUUGUACUGAGCUUUUAUUCCCUUACUAACAAUAUACAGUCAUUGUUACAACCAACCACAGGUAGUAAUAAUAAUAAUAAUAACAAUAAUAAUCAUGAGUCUGCACAGACUCGAGUGGCGCGAUCAGAAGAGGGCUGCGGUUCUGAAUGACGGCGUGAGCAGGCCUCACUCCAGACUAUUUGUCACUUUUUUUUUUUUUACCAUUUACAAUAAUUUUAGCAUUUCAAUUCAUUUGUAUGAUUUUUUUAAUGUCUAUAUUUCUAAUGAAAGUGCAACAUAAACCUCUGAAAAUGUGAUUAUGACAUAAAAUGGUAGCAUAUUUUGGGACAUAUUGAGUUGCCAUACAUGAUGUUUGACUCGUUUGAAUGUAUUCGAUCCCUCAUCCUGUAUGUCCACGUCGUAUUUUCUACUCUGGUACAAAGUAUAGCACCCUGUGGAACGAUACGCUUUCUUGUACUCUACACAGCGUACAGUUUUGUGCCGAGACCAAAAGUCUGUGCACUGGAGGUGAAAAUGUAUUUUUCUUUGAGUUGAAAAGAACCGCGGUAGCUCUAAAAGCCGUGUAUUCCUAAACUUGAAGACUUUGUAGCAAUCUACUGUGGCUCCUUCUCAUCAGUCAGCGCGGGGAUGAAUUUGUUAUGUUACAAACGUUAUAUUCAGCAAUGUGACUUGUUAAUAUUUGAAAAACUAUAUUUAAGUACCUCCCUUUAUUAGCAGGUCUAUGACAUCAGGCUAUACUGAUACUGUAUGUACACGUACGUAUGAGUGUGCGUUCAUUCUACUACAAUAAAGUCUCAUC